ACCAGUUUUAGCAAGCUUGUGGCAUGUGAUUAACAUUCAAACACAAAGCGGACGAUGAAGGGAAUUUGGAGUUUAUUGUUGCUGUUCACCUUUGACGGGAUCCUGGACGGAGAACGUGGAUUUGUCCCUCAGGAGAACUUUGAUUUGGAUCGCUUCCUGGGGAAGUGGUACGAGGUGGCAGUUGUUUCUGAUUGUCCUCAUUAUAUGCAAAACAAGCAGAGAAAUGCUGUGAUUGUUGCCCUGGACCUGAAACCUUCUGCGGAGGGGAACGUGACUGUAAUGGCUGCAGCACCCAGGAACGGCUCGUGUAAACAAACGUCUAUUCAAUAUGCUUUAACAGACAUCGCAGGGCAGUUCUUCUACCACGUCUCAAGGCUGAACGUGGAUGUCGAUGCCUACGUGGUCCGGACCGACUAUGACCACUCUGCCGUGAUGGCCUUGGUGAGCACGGAGAAAACAUCAAAGAACAGGACCACCAUCUUCAAACUUUAUAAUCGCUCUUCGGAUGUGAGGUAUGCUGAGCUGGACGACUUCAAGAUGUUGGUCAGACUAAACGCAAUGAAGGACGACAUCAUCAUUGUUCAUGAGGACAAAAGUUGUAAUACCAAAGAAACUUGAUGCACAAAAAAAUUCUAUUGUUCCGGGUCGUGUAUUCCUGGACUGCAACCUUUGUCAUUCACUCAAAUAAUUUUAUUUUAAAGCUGAACGCUAUUAUUUUUUUUCACUAAUGUGAAUUUUCA